AGAACGCUGUGAUAAAAUUCCCGAAAUCUAUCAAAAUAUCCACGAAUCCAUGUAUCAACUGGUGCAACAUAUGUCCAUACUUGGCCUGCAAUAUCAGAGUAUAGCAAGUCGGAAGUGUGCAGAAUAUAUACUAUCGAUGGGAGAUCAAGCACCAGAAUAUAUGAAUGAGGAAUAUUGCGAUCACAUUGUCACCUUGUGGAAUGAUGUGGGCAUACGGACGUGUUUCGAUCGUUCUAAUGAGUUUCCAUUGUUGGAUAGCACGAAAUA